CAAGGCCGGCGGUGCAUGCGACGCCGUUUCGCGCGCCUGGUACGAGGAAAGCGAAAAGCGCCAUGGAGUCGUUGGCGAUUGAGCUGUACGGAGUUCAGGCUCUGCGCUUCGGGGAGUUCGUCCUGAAGAGCGGCCUGGUCUCCCCGGUCUAUAUUGACCUCCGCGUCAUUGUGUCGUAUCCGGCGCUGCUAAAUAAGGUAGCAGAUCUCCUUUUCUGUUCAGCGAAGGAUGCCACCCUCAAGUAUGAUUCUGUGUGUGGAGUUCCAUACACAGCUUUGCCUUUGGCUACAAUAAUCUGCUCAACAAAUAAGAUUCCAAUGCUUAUACGGAGAAAAGAAGCCAAAGAUCAUGGAACCAAGCGCCUUGUGGAGGGCACAAUUAAUUCAGGAGAAACUUGCCUAAUUAUCGAGGAUGUAGUAACCAGCGGUUCAAGUGUCUUGGAGACGGCAGAGGUUCUUUGGAAAGAGGGACUGAAGGUUACCGAUGCCAUUGUGCUGUUAGACAGAGAACAAGGAGGGAAAGCCAUGUUGGAAAAGCAUGGAAUUAGGCUGCACUCUGUCUGCAGCUUGUCUCAAAUUCUUCGAAUCCUUGAACAGCGGAAAAAAAUUACUUCUGAAACAGUGGUAAGAGUGGAAAAAUUCAUCCAAGACAAUAUUUUUAAGCCAUCUGAACAAAAUGGUUCCGCUCCUGUGAAAAGGGUAUGCAAAGAAAUGAGUUACGCUGCUCGGGCUGAGCUGCCGGGCACUCAUCCUCUGGCUGCUCGACUUCUCAAGCUUAUGGAGAAAAAACAGUCUAACUUGUGCCUUUCUGCUGAUGUGAACAGUUCCAAAGAAUUGCUUCAGCUGGCUGACAGUCUGGGACCAUCCAUCUGCAUUUUGAAAACUCACAUUGAUAUUCUGGAUGAUUUUACCCAGGAAGUAGUUAAAGAACUGAGUGUACUUGCUGCUCGGCAUGAAUUCUUGAUUUUUGAAGACCGAAAAUUUGCAGACAUUGGAAAUACGGUGAAGCACCAGUACAAAGGUGGUGUUUUCAAAAUAGCAUCGUGGUCAGAUAUGGUUAAUGCCCAUGCAGUUCCUGGCCCAGGAGUUAUUAAGGGGCUGAAAGAAGUGGGGCAUCCUUUACAACGUGGGUGUCUCUUGAUUGGUGAGAUGAGCUCCAGUGAGUCCCUGGCCACAGGUGACUAUACGAAAGCUGUCGUCAGAAUGGCUGAAGAUCACUCAGAUUUUGUUCUGGGAUUUAUUUCUGGGUCCAGAAUUACUGAAAAACCUGAAUUUCUUCAUUUAACUCCAGGGGUCCAGAUGCAAGCUGGAGGUGAUAGCCUUGGGCAGAAGUACCUAAGUCCACAAGACGUUAUCAGAAAACGAAAUUCAGACAUCAUCAUUGUGGGACGAGGCAUCUUAUCUGCAUCAGACCGCCGGGCUGAAGCAGAGGCGUAUAGGAAACUAGCCUGGGAAAGUUACUUGCAGAGGAUUGGUGUUUGUCCUCAAAAUUAGCUAAGUUGGCUUCCAAGAAGCCAGCACAAUUAAGAAGAUAAAUGUGUUUUGACCACCAAAUAUUUUUGUAUGUUAAAAUUCUGGAAUUCUACCCUUGCAUUUUUACUAAAAAAAAAUAAAAAAAAAACAUUCCCAGGCUUUUAAAACAACAUCAUUGGGUUUGAAAACAUCAGUGAUAUAAAAAUGGAGAGAAGUCAGAAAACAAGAUAUAUCUUCAUAUAGCAUAUGCACUUAUCGGUUCUUAAUUGUUUUCUUUAUUAUAAUAGGAGUCUCCUCAGAGGAUGGGCAUUUCAGUCACAUCUGGAACAAGCUUGAAAGUCUGGCUGUUUUAGUAUAAUUAAGACACUUGUUAAUAUUUUAGCAAAUGCUUUGCUAAUGUAGUGAUAGCUUAAAUCCCUCAGGUUACAUUCAGAAAAUGUAUUUUCCUGUUGAUAAUUAUCUGGAAUGUGAGAUGUAUGAACAUCUUGUACAAUAUUAAUUUUAAAUGUGGACAUAUUAAUACAUCAGUGGUUUUAUGCGAGGAGGGUAGAACAAUAUGUAUGUUGUCUUACAUCAGUGGUUCUCAACCUUUGUGUGACGGCGACCCCGUCACACGGACGUGCCGCGCAUGCGUGCCGCCGCCCCCUGAGGGGGAAAAAUGGCGGAUCGCGUUGUUUGGCGACCCCCGUAAAAUGGUCGUUCGACCCCAAAUGGGGUCGUGACCCAUAGGUUGAGAACCGCUGUCUUACAUAAAACAGUGCAUUUAUUAAUGUUAGGGGUCUUAUGAAAUAUUUGCAGUAUAAAUGAGGUAUUAGUGCAAAUGUGAUGUUUUUUGUUCUGAAAUGGUCUAGAAUUCUCAAGCACUUGUCUUAACCAACUACAGAGUUUUUUUUUCUUAUUCAGUUCUGUCCUCCAAUUCUACAAAAGUCCUUACAUGUUUCAGAUGAGCCAAAAAUUGAUUCUGAUGCAUAAAAGACCUUUUAUAAUGUUAUGGUUCUGAUUUAAACAUUUUAAACUGAUGUAAUUUUUAAAGUGUGUGAAUAAAAUAGUACUUAUUUCAUAAAUGCA